UUCCGCCUUUGUGUUUGUGCUGCUGCUCCUUCGACCUCAAAAUCUCAUUUCUCUCUCUCUUAAUUUUCUUCUUCUUCUUCCUUAUAUCUUCUCUCUCUUCAUUUCCUUCAAAAUUUUCCCAGAAACCUCCCCCUCGCUUCCUUCCGUCUCAUACGUUUCAGUGGGAGGAGCUCAAACGGUAUAGUGGAAGGGGUUUUAGGUUGGGAUAUGUCUUCAACUGUGACUGAGGACUCUGCUGGUGGAAGGUCGUUGGAGGGAUUGUCAAGUGCUCAACGGUGCCAAUCAACUGAUGCAUUGGCUGAAUGGCGCUCUUCCGAUCAGGUUGAAAAUGGCAUCCCCUCAACUUCACCUCCAUACUGGGAUAUUGAUGACAGUGACGAUGAUGGAGGACCAAAACCUCUUGAUCUGUAUGGUAAGUACACAUGGAAGAUAGAAAACUUUUCGACAAUCAACAAGAGAGAGCUUCGAAGUAAUGCAUUUGAAGUUGGCGGCUACAAAUGGUACAUACUGAUCUACCCUCAGGGCUGUGAUGUGUGUAAUCACCUUUCCUUGUUUCUUUGUGUAGCUAACCAUGAUAAGCUUCUUCCAGGAUGGAGUCAUUUUGCGCAAUUCACUAUUGCUGUGGUGAAUAAAGAUCCAAAAAAAUCAAAAUAUUCUGACACACUACACCGUUUCUGGAAAAAAGAGCAUGAUUGGGGGUGGAAGAAAUUUAUGGAGCUCUCUAAAGUGUCAGAUGGCUUUGUGGAUGCUGACACACUUAUUAUCAAGGCUCAAGUUCAAGUUAUCAGGGAGAAAGCAGACCGGCCAUUUCGUUGCCUGGAUUGUAAUUACAGGAGAGAACUUGUCCGAGUUUAUUUAACCAAUGUAGAGCAAAUCUGCCGGCGUUUUGUUGAGGAGAGAAGAGGAAAGCUGGGAAAGCUGAUAGAGGACAAAGCUAGGUGGUCAAGCUUUUGUGCAUUUUGGCUAGGAAUGGAUCAAAAUACUAGGCGUUGUAUGUCGAGGGAAAAGAAAGAAAUGAUAUUAAAAGUUGUUGUGAAGCAUUUUUUCAUAGAGAAGGAAGUCACAUCUACUUUAGUUAUGGACUCAUUGUACAGUGGGCUGAAAGCUCUUGAAGGUCAAAGUAAAAGCAAAAGCAAAAAAGGAAAGGGAAAAUUGUUGGAGGGUGAGGAUACUCCAGCACCAAUUGUCCGAGUAGAAAAGGAUGUAUUCAUUUUGGUAGAUGAUGUCUUAUUAUUACUUGAGAGGGCUGCCAUGGAGCCAUUGCCUCCAAAGGAUGACAAGGGUCCUCAGAACCGCACCAAGGAUGGAGGUAGUGGAGAGGAUUUCAACAAAGACUCAAUCGAGCGUGAUGAAAGGCGUUUGACGGAAUUAGGCCGCAGGACAGUGGAAAUUUUUGUGCUCGCUCAUAUUUUCAGCAACAAAAUUGAAGUGGCCUACCAAGAAGCUGUUGCUCUUAAGAGACAAGAGGAACUUAUACGUGAAGAGGAGGCCGCUGGGCUGGCUGAGAGUGAGAAAGCCAAGCGAGGUGUUGGGGAGAAAGACAAGAAAUCAAAGAAAAAACAGGGAAAGCAAAAGCGAAACAGUCGCAAGGGAAAAGACAAAUUGAAGGAUGAUAAACCUCUUGUUACAGGACAAGACAAACAUCUGCAUGAAGACCUUAUUACUGGUGGGAAGGGCCUGGUAGAGUCUGAAACUGUGACUGACAAGGACGAUGCACUUGACUACGUGUCUGAUGUGUCUGAUUCUGUGGAAUGUGCUGUGGAUAUGCUACGGCCUGAUUCAGAAGAUAGAGAUGCAAGUCCUAUUAACUGGGACACGGACACAUCAGAGAUUCACCUCCCUGCAGAAGCUAGCGGCAGUGAAGUUAGCAGUAUAUCAAAUGUGCAGAAUGGAGUAGCAGAUAAGAAGAGCUCGUCUAUUAUGGAUGAUAGUUCCUCCACAUGCUCUACAGAUUCUGCUCCUUCCAUAAUACUAAAUGGAUCAUACAGAUCGAAUUCCUUUACAAACUAUAACAGCCAGAAAUCACCAUCAAGAGGAAAAAACCAGCGAGUUAAGAAAUCAUCAGAGGAAUAUAGUGGUGGGUAUGAGCCAGACAUUCGGCAAUCGGAACCGGCUGAAGUUGGUUUCAGGAGUGAUGCUUCACCCAGUCGGAAAUCAGUUGAAUUAAAUGAGUCAGAGGGUGCUGUCACUUCCUUACAGGAUAGGACAAAGUGGCCAGAGCUAAAUGUAUCCAAGAAAGAAGAUGAGGUUGUGUUGCUCCAGAGGAAGACAAGGAAGAAGGACAAUAAGGAUCAUGUUGAUGUAGCACCACCAUCCCAGGAAAGAGUGGUAGUGGCACCACACACAACGAAGAGCCCUUCCAGAAAUAUAACCCCUCCUGCGUUGUGUAUUCAGCCAAAUUCUACCGUGAAACUUAAUCCUCCUACCGAUCUGGUUACAGCUACGAAAACAUCCUCAAAUGGGCAACCACACACUGACAAGCCAACUUCGUCAGUAUCAUCCAAUGUAUCAACUGCAUCGAAACCUGAUUCCACUAAGGUUUCUUCCAUUCUCAAACCGGCAGAGAAGUUUACUGGACAACAGCAGGUUGUGGGAUUGUCAAGGCCAUCGAGUGCUCCUCUUAUUCCUGGGACCCUGGCCCCACCUGCUCCAGUUGUUUCGAUGGUGCAAGCAGCAGCUGCCGCCUCAAGUGCUCCUUUGUUGUCCCGUUCCAUUAGUGCUGCUGGACGCCUUGGUCCAGACCCUUCCCCUUCCCCAGCAACAGGCCAUCCCUAUAUUCCACAGUCCUAUAGGAAUGCCAUCUUGGGUAACUCAUUCAGUGCAACCUCUAGUGGUGGUGGUUUCACACAUCCCUCUCAGACAGCAAAUGCAAUGGUGAAUUCAUCAACAACAUUCUCUCAACAGCCCAAUUUAGUAUCUAAUCCUGUAUAUCUCUCUCCAGUUUCUGAAAGGAUGGAACAACCUAAUGGUGUCAGUUCAGGUAUGUCUUUUCCUCCAACUCAUCAGGAUGAGCUUCUAGGUCAAGGUCAAUCAUGGAUGGAGAGCCCCAAUAGAAGAAUGAUGUACGAUUCUCAGUCCAUGCUUAAUGAUAUUCCAAAUUACGAUUUAUAUCAUCGACCCAUGAACAGAGUACCUCAUGAUUUUUAUCCCUCGGAGUUGUUGUCAGUUGGUCCUUCUGGGCGUCAAGUACAGAGUGCAUUGGCUGAUGAAUUUCCUCAUUUAGACAUCAUCAAUGAUCUUCUUGAUGAUGAACAGGUAAUUGGUAGGACUUCUUAUGGGAAUGCAGUUUUCCAGGGUCUUGGUAGUAGUGGUCCUACCCUUUUCAAUCGGCAGUUGAGUUACCCUACUGAUAUAAGCCUAUUGAGCGAAGCAGGCAGUUCUUGUAGGUUUGAUAGAUCAAGGAGUUACCCUGAUGAUGGCGGGUUCCAGCAGCAGGAUUAUGGUGGUUAUGAUUCAGUGAGAGAGUUCAUUCCACAAGGUAAUCCUAUGCCGUACAUGAAUGGUCAGAUUGAUAGUUUAGUGCCGAACCAGCAGUGGCAGUUGGUGGGUCCAGAUUUAUCUUUGCUGAGCAUGAGGAGUUCAGGUUCAGGAGUGGAUGGUGGUUACUCGUAUAACAUUCCCGAGUACUCGAAUAUGGCAUGUGGCGUAAAUAAUAAUUACGCCAUGUUCCGGCCUUCCAAUGGACAUUGAAAAGGCCAUUUUUAGCCAAAAUUUGUAAUAAGUAUGGAAAGGGAAUUAUUUGGUGUUGUUGGAAUGUAGUCCUGAGAAAAACAACAUUCUGUAAAGAGUGAUGCUGGCUUAUUUGCUUUUCAGUUUUUAGUCGAUAUACAUGAAUGAGGCUUCUUUUUUCUUUUGUU